CACUUUUUCCAAUCUUUCUUUUUGUUUUGGAAAAAAGGGUCUGGGGGGUUUUUAAUAUAAUCCAACACCAUGGCUCCAAAACACAAUAAUAUGAUUCACAAUAACCAUUUUCACAAAGAUUGGCAACGAUACGUCAAAACCUGGUUUAACCAACCUGGACGCAAAAAGAGACGCCGUCAGGCCCGGGCUAGCAAGGCUUUGAAAGUUGCCCCACGACCUGUUGCUGGUGCCAUUAGACCAGUUGUACGAUGCCCCACAUUCAGAUAUAAUACAAAAGUGCGUGCUGGCAGGGGCUUCACCCUUGAGGAACUCAAGAGUGCUGGUAUCUCUCGCAAAGUAGCACCCACCAUUGGGAUUGCCGUUGACCAUCGUCGUAAGAACAGAUCCCAAGAGUCCUUGCAAGCAAAUGUCCAGCGGCUCAAGGAGUACAAGAGCAAGUUAAUCAUCUUCCCAAGAAAGGCAAGCAAGCCCAGACAGGGAGAUAGUGAGGCCUCAGAACUUGAGAUGUUCAAUCAGCUCCAAGGACCAAUUCUGCGCAUCCAAAGCAUGACACUGCCGAUCAAGGCAAGACAGGUGACUGAUGAGGAGCGUAAGAUCAGUGUAUUCAAGUCCAUGCGUAUGGCACGUGCUAACAAACGUCUGUUGGGCAUCCGAGAAAAGAGGGCGAAAGAAAAAGCAGAGGAAGCUGCAUUGAAAAAGAAAUAAAUUAAUUUUGGAAAGUUAAUAAAUCUUUGAACGUGAA